GUUUUGCCGCACAAUCUCUCGCUCGAGAAUCUUUUCUCCAGGGUGUCCUGUUCUCUUCGGCGCAAGCGAUUGCUGAAUGAAAUACAUGGUUGGAGCAGCAGCAGCACCAACCAUCAGCAUUGCGUGAUUAUGACAGAACGAGAGACCGUACAACACACGGAAUGACUAUUUCAUCGGUUUGCUUUCGUUGCUGUGCUCGAUUGGUUACAAACGGAGUCCUUUCUUCUUUUUCGGCAAGAAGCAGCAGUUUCAGUGUACGUAAUUGCUUAAAAACUUCCUGGUGGAUUAUACGCACAGAUGUAGUGUAGUUCCGCAGUGUCGUCCUUCGUGGGAGCUAUUUUGUGAGAUAGUGGCAUCGGUCCGUGUGCUCCAUCCAUAAAGCAAAGCACGUGCAAGCAAGUGCCAAUACACAACAGGAAACACAUAGCAAAAGGGUAGUGUGAAAGGACCCGGAAUGUUGUAGAGCUGUGAGUCUAUAGCAAUUGCUUUGCUCGCGUUCUUCUAGAUGUGCGAAAAUGUGUCCUGUUGAAUGUGUGUCACCAUCAAUCUUGAAUCCGCGAAGGGAACAUUGAUUUAAUUGGUUCUUCCAUCCUUUUCAUCCCUUUCUCCUCUUAUCGAAACAUAAAUUGCUGUGCUCGUGUUCCAGUGCGUGUGUUGUAAGCAUAGCAGGAAGGUAGAUUGAGAAACACGGAUGUAUUGAUUGAAUUGCUGUUCCCGUGUUCCAUCCAUAUCAUGCGCGGUGUUGUGUGAGCAAGAGAGCAGCCGAAAUGAAUGAUGAUGCGGAGUAAUAGUGCUGUUUUAAAGUUUGCUUACUACAUACACAAAACAUUGGGUAACACAUUGUCUCGUGGGUAGGCAUUGCUCAGGGAACCGAGAGACAAACGUCGUCCCUUUCAGCCUUUGCUAGCCUAUGCGCAAGAAGCUAAUAUAACGCGGGAAUGCCAGGUGCAGUGUAAAGACACGUUAUUCCACCAUGAAAGUAUGCGGCACUACGAAACUGGUUCACCAGAAGGACGAAUAGUGAAACAUCUUCCAAUGCACAACGGACUGCGCACGUGACUUGUAAGAAUGGUACGCUUGCUGGGAUCAAAGCUGUUAGCACGACUAUUGCUACUGAUAUCGACCGUCACGUUGAUUUCGUUGAUGGUAUUAACCCGCUGCGGUUUGGGUGGACUAAUCGUGAAAGAAAAUGGAUCAAUUAUCGGCCCCGGUGCCGGAGCAGCAGCAGCAGCAGAAGGUGACGCUGACGUCAACUAUCUCGGCGAUCAAAAGCCUCCAUUGGCAUUGGAAUUCUCUCAGCAGCAGCCACAGCAGCAACAAAGCCACUACCAAGCGGACGCAGAACAGCAGCAGAACGGUUACAUGCAAAUGCUGCAGCAGCGCGAGGAAGAAAAUCUUCGCGAGGUAGCGAAACUUACGGCCGAAAUAAAAGCUUUAAAACUUCAGAUCUUACAGCUGAAAAAUAGGUUAAACACUGCUGGAAUCGGAUUAAUGCAGGGAGGUGCCGCGGAAGGAACUGCCUACAUUUCGUUGUCUAAUGAUAGCAGCUCAAUACUACCAAAUGCCCCGCAACCAUCACAAACGGUGCAUGAUUGUACCGCGUUCUUGAGACGGCAAGUGGGAUCGGCCGAGAUAUUACACGGCUUACCGCUCAACAACGAGUACGAGCUAAUCCCAUUUAGUCACUUUACCUUCAGUCGAGUCUAUCCAAUCGAGCUUGGGCUCGGAAAGCGAGUCGUUGAAAAACCAAUCGGAUACAAAAGAAAGGAUCUGUUGGGCGCUCUGAACAAGGGAUUGGAGACGCUUAAUCGGAACAUUUCUUCGGCUGCUCAGCGCUACACGUUGGAUGACUUCAUUGAGGGAAUAUAUCGCAACGAACCCACGACUGGCACACAGUACGAGCUGUACUUCCGCCUGAAGGAAUUCACCAAUCGAAGUCAACAGCACCAGCAGCAGGUCACACCGCACCAUGAAUCGCAUACACACGGCACCACAAAGCUGAUAGUCAUGCGGCCAUUCGCAUCGCUGCAGACGGUUCAGCUGGAAGCGCAUCCGAAGCAACACGAGAAGGAAAUCAUUUACAUUAUCCUGCCACUGUCCGGACGAACCAACACGUUCCAGAGCUUCAUGGAUAAAUACGUGAAGAUAGCGCUCAAGCACGAUAGACGCGUGCAUCUCACCGUGGUGUACUUUGGCGAGGAUGGUCUAGCGGAGGCACGAACGAUCAUGAGCCGAGUGAUUGGAAUGAAAAACAGUGGAGCUACGAACUCGAACCUGAAGCUGCUCGCUCUCAAUGAAACAUUUUCCAGAGCAAAAGCGUUAAGAGUAGGUGCGGAAAAUGUGUGGAACUCUCAGGCAGACAAAAACAACGACAUACUGCUGUUCAUGUGCGACGUAGAUAUCGUAUUCAGUGCAAAAUUCCUAGACAGAUGUAGAUGGAACACCAAACCGAACAAAAAGGUGUAUUAUCCAGUAGUCUUCAGCCUCUAUAAUCCCCAUGUCGUCUAUACGCUCCAGGGCAAAGAUGUGCCACCGGAAACGGAUCAGCUUGUAAUCUCGAAGGAUUCAGGAUUUUGGAGGGACUUUGGAUACGGCAUGACUUGCCAGUACCGUUCGGACUUCCUGCGAGUGCGAGGUUUCGACGAGGAGAUCAUCGGCUGGGGUGGCGAAGAUGUAAUGCUGUACCGCAAGUACGUUCGAUCCCAUAUCAAGGUAAUACGGGCCACCGAUCCGGGCGUGUUUCACAUCUGGCAUCCGAAAGUGUGCACCGGUCCGGUGAUGUCCCAGGCCUCGAAUCAACGGCUCACACCCGACCAAUACCGGGCCUGCAUUCGUUCGCGGGCCCUCAACGAAGCGUCCCACGCACAGCUCGGGUUCCUGGCGUUCCGGGAUGACAUCGCGGCAAAUGAAUAUUUGCUAGCGCAGGGCGGUGGUGCCAAAGCUAAUCCAGAAUCGAAUGCGACCAAAAAUGACCUCAUCCACUCGGAGCAUCUCUUUGCACCAAAUAGCACACUGUACAACGGUAAAGAUGGCAGCAAAAUGGUGGCCGAAUCGAGCGGGACACCAAGUAAGAGUAGCGAUAGUAAGAAAGCUACAUGAUCUUUUAUGACACAGCAUCAGGAGAGCAUAUGGAGGAUCGAGUUCUAGCAUCGGUGCCGCGAGAGUCAUAUCCCUUUCCGAUGACUUUCGUUCACUUUAUUGGUGAUUCCUGAUGUGUUCUGUUUCCAAUCCAAUUUCCAUUUUACUUUUAAUCGCUUUAAUCGUUCGAUUUUGGUUGAAAGUAAACUCCUCUCGAGGUUGAACAUGUGACAUCGCACACAGAAGUUUAGUGAAGUCAAUCUUAUGUACAUACAUACAUACUGUACAUAGGCGCAGCGAGCAGUGAUCGUAGUCGAAGUAGAAGAAUUUAGAUAAGUUACUUGGUAACUUGGCGAAAUAAUUAGCGUUGAGCUAGAGGAGUUCGACAAGAUUUGCAGUGUUACUAACGUAGUUGGAGAAAGUGACAAGAAAUAGCGAUAGGAUGUUCUGUUUUCUUUCUUACUAUAAAACUUAAGGUCUUGCAUGCAUACACUUCAUUGCUCCAUAAUGGCCAGGGAUGCAGAUGGGGUGUUUGAUAACCCUCAUGCUUUUUAAGCGGAUUUUUUAAAGUAUUAUUUAUAUUUGUUUUCAGCGCCUUCUCAGGGUACUGAAAUUAAAGGAAGGACAAAAUUACAUUACUUAUCAAAGAACACAGUCAAACUGUAUCCCUCGAGCAUUUGAAGAGGUCUCGAGCAACUCCACAUACAAUAUUACUAACUUUCUUAAACCAUGUCUGGUGUUGAAGCAACUCUGAGAUAGGAUCUGGGAGAGCUGUACAUACUAUUAGAUUGUUGGAUUGCAUGCAAGACCGAAUCCCUUCAAAAAGCAAUGGAUUUUCCUUUAAGAAAACGACGUUAUUGUCAAUCGCCAAAUAAAAUUUUCCACCAUUCUUUAACCUUCUUACAAACUUACACCCAAACAAGCCGUUUGAAUAAGUUACGAAAGAAACAAUAAUCCUCCUUCUUCCAAGCUCUGAAAACGUGCCGAUUGACAGAAGGCAAAAUCUUCUCGAUCUUUAUGAGCUGGAGAUACGGUUGUAGUAGCAACAGUGUAGAAACUCCCGCUCAUAGUGUUUUACAGUUUCCUCGUGAGCAUUCAGGCACAUGCAGUAAGUGCGCUGGCGUCGUGAUCACGAGUUUUCCAUAAACUUGAGCCGGGCGAUACGUGUGAUCCCCUGCAGUGCAUUUCAUAUAAAAGCAGACACUGUUUUGCUCAGUAGGUACAGAAGUUUGGUUGGUUUGGAAACUAACAGACAGCGAAGUAAAACUAACAGCAUGCCUAAUCUCGCAUUCUUCCUGAUGUUGUUGCUGAGCAUCUUCCUCGUUUUCCUUGCUCCCGUUUGUGUGGCGGAAAUGGAAAAAAUUAUAGAAGUGGGAAAUUCGGACAAAGGAACUUUACCUGUUUUGAAUUAAUUGCACAAGCCCUUAGGAAUCACCUAAACCCGGCGUUGAAUACCGACACAGCAUCUGCGAGCCUGAUAUGACAAAAUGCAAUAAACAAUAUAUUUAAUCCAGCAUUAAAAGCAA